UAUUGGUUUAACCGACUCAAUAGCAAAAAUCCCCAAACCCCAAUCAACACAGAAUUCACUAGCAGAAGCGACUGCGGAAGAGAGAACUCUCUCUUCUGUUCGUCCGAUCCCUGCCAUUUGACUUGUGAUUUGAAUAGUGUGGACAGUAUGGCGGGAAAUAAUGGCUCAGGUGCAUCUGAGAAGAAAUCAAGUGAAUCACUGACUGAUUUACCAAUAUUCAGUGCUGAGAAUACGCAGAGUAACCUGAAAGUUAUAUAUUACAGCCGAACAUUUAUGUCCAUCAUUGGUGGGGUCAUUUCUGGAAUUUUAGGAUUCACAGGCUUAUAUGGAUUUAUUUUUUAUUUCGUCAUCAUGGCAAUCACUUCGGUUGGACUUGUGGCCAAGGCAAAGUUUUCCAUUCAUUCAUACUUUGAUGGCUGGAACCGGAUUAUGCUGGAUGGGAUUACGGGUGGCCUUAUGUCGUUCGUGCUGUUCUGGACAUUUGCAUAUGAUAUCGUGCAUAUAUUCUGAGCAAGUCUAUGCAUAACCUUGGAUGGAAGACAAGCCAUGGUGCCACCGCUGCGUUUUAUUGGAUGUUGAUACACAGCUUCCACAACCGUGUUCAUUUACACCAAUGUGGUCAAGUUCGAUUAUCUUAUUUAUCUGUUCCUGCUGAUUAGAGGCUUUUGGUUCGAGUAUUUCUGAUUUGUGUGAGUUUGUAAGGAAGUUGCCUUGCAGUUUGUGCAAUGGCAACGAUUUGGUUUGUCUUUUUUAUUGAGUGCUUUUAGGAACUCUGUUUAAGGUGCACAGUUCACUAGAAUGGACGAUAAACGCCUGAGCCGUCGUGUCUGAUGAUGAUGAGCACACGCUGUAUUCGCCUAUGUGGAUGCGAUUCCCUUUUUUUGGGCCGACGGUAAGGGGCCAAGGAUGGCCUAAUACGUUGGGUUGGUCCAGUUAUGAAAUACUUUGGGCUCAAUAAAGUUGUGAGACUUGGGCCAGUAAA